AUGGCCGGGGAGGAAGGAGGCAGCUCGGGCUCGUCUCCUGCUGCGGAGCCAAGUCCUAGCGGCGGCGUGGUCGCUGGCGCGGCUGAAGGAGCGGGCGGCGGCGGCGGCUACGACGGCAAGUGCGUUUUCUGCCGGAUCAGCCACGGGGAGUUGACGGGCACCGAGUUGCUGCCUUGCGAGCAUGAAGACCUGGUGUGCUUUAGAGAUAUCAGACCUGGAGCACCACAUCAUUAUUUAGUGGUGCCCAAAAACCACAUAGGAAAUUGCAAGACUCUAAAGAGCGAGGAUAUACCAUUAGUGGAAAGAAUGAUGGAAACCGGAAAGUCUGUCCUUCAACGGAAUAAGUUUACUGACUUGAAUGAUAUAAGGAUGGGGUUUCACUGGCCUCCAUUCUGCUCAAUAUCCCACUUGCAUCUUCAUGUCCUGGCUCCGGCUAGUCAGUUGGGAUUCUUGUCCCGAAUGGUCUACAGAAUCAAUUCGUACUGGUUUAUCACAGCUGAGCAACUGAUGGAAAGGCUGAAGGCUGAAAGUGCUACAAGCUGAAAAGCACUCACUUUACUGUGUACAUCUUUUGUUUGUGACCACUGAUUAUAGGGUAGAGUAUAAUUGGUAACAUGCCAGACUUUGAAAACUAUUAUUCAAUUUGCUGCUACACAAUUGUUUAACUCAUUGUUAAACUAACACCGUACACUAAAUUUCUCAGGCAAAUAUAUGAAUGCAAGAACUGUGCACUUUCCAGAGCAUCCAUACCUAUAGAUCAGAAAGUCAAAAGUACGUAUCCCCUUUAAAAAAAAAAUCCUAAUGAAUCCUGUGAAAGAUGUAGUUAAAGUUUACUGUAUGCAUCUGGAUUUAACUGUUUUUUGUCUAAACAAUGCAAGGCCUUUGUGCCUAUACAACAUGUUAGUAACUUCUUUGGCAUUGCAAUGCUAGUGAUAGCUAUGAUGUCUUGGUGCUAAAUCACUUAUCACACAAAUGUAUUUGACUUUACGCACAACAGAGGCAGUUAUGUAUUUUACCAUUUAUUGUUGUUCCCUGCCUCGAUCAAAAUGGAGAGGCAGGCAAAAAAUAAAUUAUUAUUAUUAACUAGCCUUUUUUUCAGAGUAUGACUUACAUCUGUACUUCUAAUGUCAGACAUUACACUGUUGGUAUGUUGGACUAGGGUAAGAUUUUUAUUUGACUGUGGGCUGUUGUAACUUAACUAGUUAAGUGCAUGCAUUAAAUAAUAGCUAGGUGAAUGAUAGAACAGAUUAAAGUAAUGAUUUCUUUGGGCUUAACCUCUAAGUAGGACUUCAGAUUUACAGAGUAUAGGAGGCUUAUGCUGAAAUUAAAUGUUGUCACUUAAAUAUAGCUUUGGUCAUUUUGGAAAUUCUAAACAUGGAAAGGUGCCAGUAUGUAGACAGAUCUUGGAAUCUUGGUCUUAGCAACAUCCACAGCUUGGAAGAUCCAGAACGUCAAAAGUGGAGAUGCUUUAAGACUUAGCAUGAACAGUACAUUUUUGUAAUUUAAUUAUCUGGCUCUUUCAUAAUGUUGCUCUAUGCAGAUACUCAGAACUCUUAAAGAAAAAUGAACUUGAAUAAGCACUUACUGAAAUUGCACAUUUUGGCACCGGCUGCAUUACUAAUGCAGCAUCCAAUUAUUACUUCCACAUGUUUUCAUUAUAUUGGUGUACAGAAUAUGGCCAAAUAAAUUAACUCUUUCUGGCCAUUUCUUAAUAACUUCAGAGUUUUAAUCUUAAUUUAUUGAUGACAUAGAAUGUACUUACUUUGAUACUUAAGCCUGGAUUCAAACUGUUGUUAAUUAAAAUAAUCAAGCAGAUUCAUUUGGUGGGGUGGGGGGAAGCUGUCUUCCUACUGUGUUGAAAUGUUGAAGUAAAUGUGUUAUAGUAUGAAAUGAUUGUGUAUUAUGAUAAUGUGUUUAUGUAACAAAACCAUGAAAUCUACUAUUGGAAACUUAAAGUUAGUGUAAUACUGCUAUGAAAAGAAAAACAAAUAAAAAUGGUUAUC